CAUUAAUAGAGACCUGAAGCACCGCCUGCUAAAAAUACCCGGCUGGACACCCAUAAAAGCCCAGACGGGGCUCCGGUUCGGCACUUCUCGGAUCCUCAGCCCAGAACUUCUUGAUCCUCAGCCCUGAGCAGCACUGCCAAGAACAUGACCGAGCGCCGCGUGCCCUUCUCGCUGCUGCGGAGCCCCAGCUGGGAACCAUUCCGGGACUGGUACCCGGCCCACAGCCGCCUCUUCGAUCAAGCCUUCGGGGUGCCUCGCUUGCCCGAUGAGUGGUCUCAGUGGUUCAGCGCCGGCUGGCCCGGCUACGUGCGCCCGCUGCCCGCCGCGGCCGCCGAGGGACCCGCUGCAGUGGCCCUGGCCGCGCCCCUGGCUGCGCCCGCCUUCAGCCGUGCGCUCAACCGGCAGCUAAGCAGCGGCGUCUCGGAGAUCCGGCAGACGGCCGAUCGCUGGCGCGUGUCCCUGGACGUCAACCACUUCGCUCCGGAGGAGCUCACGGUCAAGACCAAGGAAGGCGUGGUGGAGAUCACCGGCAAGCACGAAGAAAGGCAGGACGAACAUGGCUACAUCUCUCGGUGCUUUACCCGGAAAUACACGCUGCCUCCCGGUGUGGACCCCACCCUGGUGUCCUCUUCCUUGUCCCCUGAGGGCACACUUACUGUGGAGGCUCCGCUGCCCAAAACAGCCACACAAUCAUCGGAGAUCACCAUUCCGGUCACUUUCGAGGCCCGCGCCCAAAUUGGAGGCCCCGAAGCUGGGAAGUCGGAACAGUCUGGAGCCAAAUAGAAGCCAUCAGCCUGCUGCCCAUCCCCAAUAGCCAUCACUGGCCACCCCUCUCUAUCAAUCUUUAUGCUCUUUUGAUACAUGUACACUCUGUUUUUCUCAAAUAAAAGUUGGAAGCUACUGCUUGC